UUCGCAAAUGUUACACCGGAAGCUCGAGGAAUGACAUCUCGGGACGACCGCUAAAGCGGCGCGUGUGAAAGAUGAAGGGAUGGUUUUCCUGAGAUAAUAAGGAGACCAUGGCAGCGUGGACCCGCGGGCUUCUCCGGCUUGGUGAGGCACUGCUGAAGGGAGCGCCUGUAACCGCUUACCGGACUGUGGCGUCGCUCGAGCGUAUUCCCGCUGUCCAGUGCGUCAGGACUAUCAAGACCUCUACUUGGUGGGAUGAACAUCUCACAGAAGAUAACGCCAAUGUCAUGAGAAGGGCUGUGGCUGAGGAGUACAAACAGCUCACUGUGGACAGACUAAACCCACUGAAGGACGAGCCUUGGCCCCGGCAUGAAUGGGACGAAAAGAGUCGGAGGGUUGGUCUUGUGGCAGUCAAGCUCGGGAUGAUGCCUGUGUGGACCAAGUCAGGAGAGAGACAUGUGGUGACAAUGCUACAGGUGCAGGACUGCCAUGUGAUCAAGCACAUACCUAAAGAAGAGUACAAUGGCCGGACAGCUGCUCUGAUCAUAGGGGCUAAAAACUCUCCUCCCUUUUAUCGGACAGAGGAGUCUCUGGAGAUGUUCCGGAAUGCUGGAGUACCUCCGAAACAAAAAGUGACGACGUUCCAUGUGACAGACAAUGCUGUCAUCAAGCCAGGCACUCCUCUCUAUGCUGCUCACUUCCGUCCAGGACAGUAUGUGGAUGUUACGGCAAAAACGAUUGGAAAAGGUUUUCAGGGAGUAAUGAAGCGCUGGGGUUUCAGUGGACAGCCAGCCUCUCAUGGUCAAACCAAAACCCACAGGAGGCCCGGCUCAUUGGGACCUGGAGGGGAUCCUGCUAAAGUUUUUAAAGGAAAGAAGAUGCCAGGCAAGAUGGGAAAUGUUUUUGACACAGCGUUUGGCUUAAAGGUUUGGAGGGUGAACACCAAAGCUAACAUUCUGUACAUCAAUGGGUCGGUUCCAGGACAUCGCAACUGCUUGGUCAAGGUAAGAGACACCAUUCUGCCUCAUCGCCUGGAGAAGAACAGAAACCCUCCCUUCCCCACAUUUUUCGCUGAUGGAGAUGAGGAGCUUCCUGAAGACCUUUACGAUGAGAACAUGUUUCAGUUUGGAGAGCCGAUUCCUGGCUGAUGUUACAGCCCCAUGUCUUUCGUUUGUGUAGUCAGUUCUGAUGCCUGAGUCGACAGCUUUACAUCUAAUGAAUGCUUUAUUGCUGGACUGGCAUGAAAGUGUAAAAACGGUGGACUGCUAGCAGAACUGAUGCAUACGGAAACAUUGUGUAAUGCAGAAAACAAACUUCUGAACUGAAGAUGGUGUCAAUGAAUAUUGGCUUCUGUUUAUAUGUGAACAUUAAAAUGUCUUUGAUAAAA